ACGGGGUGGAAGUGGGGGAGGGCGACUAAGUUCUCUCUCCAUGGAGACUGCACCGGCUGAACGCCAACAUAACUCAAGGUGGGCGCACGCCGACGGACGGCCAAGGUCCAGAAGGAGUCCACGAGUAAAGGUUGGCGACCAUCCCCUGACCCCACGUUGACCCCAUACCCCUGAUUUUGCCUCCCUCAACCUCAGGACCCUGAGACCCGUCCCACCCCGCUAGAAUAUUCGGGCUAGGGGAGGGGAAGGUUUGCGCUGGAGGAGCGGGCUUGGGCGGUGCCCUCACACGUACCCGUGCCCCAGACCCCGACGCCGACCCAUGGCACCCAAAAGGAGGCGCGGGCCGAGCACAGGGCGCCGGCCAGGCGCGGCGAAAGAGGGCGCCGAGGCGCCACUGUCGGAGCGCGCGCAGUAUCUGCAGCGCGAGUACAAGCUGCUCUCGGAGCAGCUGGACGCCUGCGAGCAGCGCGUGGACCAGGUGCUGCGGGAGAACGCCUUCCUGGACCGCGAGGCGCAGCGCCUGCGCGAGGAGAACCGGCUCUACGCCAGCUACGUGAGCGCGCGCGCGCAGCGCUGCGCCAAAGCCAUCGUCCGGCUGGACGAGCAGAAUCGCGUGGACCUGACGCAGGUCCACUGGGAGCGGGGCGAGCUGGCGUCGCACUACCACGGGCGCGAGGACGGGGUGCGCGCGCAGCUGCUGGAGAUGGAGGCGCGCGCGGCGCAGAUGGCGCGGCAGGUGCAGGAGCUGCAGCCCUACAAGGAGCUGCAGCUGGAGCAGCUGGCCCGGAUCCGGGCGCUGGAGCGCGAACUGCUGCACAUGCGCGUGGAGCACACGCAGCUGCUCCACCGCGUGAAGCGGCGCUUCACCGAGGACAAGGCGGCCUUCGAGCGCGAGGCUCGCCAGCGCGUGCAGUCCCUGGCGCGGCGCGCGGAGCGGGAGGCGGCGCGCGCGCUCCUCGCGCACACGCAGGCCAUCAAGGCGGACAACGCGCGCCUGCGACAGGAGCUGCUGCGGCUGCUCCAGCGGGCCCAGCUGCUGCAUGACACGCGGCGCCAGCUGCUGGAGCAGCGUGAGAAGCUGCGGCGCGAGCACGAGGACACGCGGGACCUGGCGCGGGUGCAUGGCUGGCUGCGCCGGGGCCCCGGGGGCCCGCCGCUGUGGCAACCUUUGCCCGUCGCCUCGCGCCCCGCGUCCUUCGCCUCCCCGACAGGCCCGUCGCGCGCAGCCUCCCGGUCCCCGUCAAACGCAGCCUCCCGGGUCCCGUCGCUGCUCUCGUCGCGCAUGGCUUCCGGGGUCCCGUCGUUGAUCUCGUCGCGUGUGGGCUCCAGGGUCCCGUCGCUGCCCCUUUCGAAGGCGAGCUCCCGGGUCCCGUCCUUAACUCUGUCCCGCCUGGCUUCCCGGGUCUCUUCGCGGUCCUCGUUGCGUGCGGCCUCACAGAACAUCCUCCUCUCUGCGAGGCCUGUGCUUGGAGUGGGCUCUUCCUAUCCCCGCGUCGAAGGACACCAUGAACACUGACCCUGCAGCAGAAGCCGCCGCGGGAGAGCCUGCACCUGCCGGGAGGGAGGCCCGGGGCCGGGGGAGACGAGCGCGCAGGACGCGUGUUUGGAGAGUGCCGCUGUUAAUAAAGGUGCGACACCCCCGCUCGCCGCUCUGGCGCCGCCUGCUUCGCCGCGUCUGCGUUUGCUGCAAGGGAGCUGGGUCGCCCUUCGCCCCGUGCCUGCCUGGCUUCAGCACCCUUCACUCCGCGGCUGCCCGCGGGCCGCUCGGGUGUCCUGCCCGCGGGGGUGACAGUCUGGCGGCAGGGACGGACACCGCGGGCACGGACAGCCGGCGUGACGGCGGGAACGGAGUCCGGCGGGCCGGGCAGGAGCCGGGCAGCUGCGCGCUGUGGCCGGAGGGCCGGCGCCAUGCGAGCUGCGGUCACAAGGCCUUCGGGAGGGACGUGGCUUUACUCCCAGCGCCGCGGGGAGCCACGGGAGAUUUCGUCUGACCUCUUGGGGUUUUUCGGUAAUUUUUAAAUUUUAAUGUAAUAUCCAACUUAGAGAAAAAUUGGAAGAAUACUACAGGGAAGUCCCAUGUGCACUGGUCCAGACUCACCAGCAGCUUGCCUUCUGUCCCUUUGGGGCGGGGGAUGUCCAUGCAUUUUUCUCCGUGAACCAUUUCAGAGUAGGUUGCAGACAUCGUGCCCCUUUGAAGACCUCUAAAUCCUUUAGUGUUUCCCGAGCAUAAUUACCGCAGUACUAUGAUCCAAAUCAGGAGAUUUAGCAUGGGGAAAAGAGCAUUAGCUAAUCCAUAGCUCAUAUUAAAACGUCAGUUGUCCCAACAGUGUCCUUUGUGGCCACGCCCUCUGCCAAGGUCACGCAUCGUAUUUACUUGUCAGUCCCAAAGUGCACAGGCCGGUUAUUAGGACGUCCUUCAGUGUGUUUUUUUGUUUUGUUGGGGCUUUUGUGGGGGG